AUGAAAUUUAGAUUACCUUUCAAAUAUACAAGGUCACAGCUGGAAAUCUUUAGAUUCUCAUUUUGUCUCCUAGCUCCAGUGGCUGUCAUGUAUUAUAUUGGUACUGAUACAGAUAAGAAAUUGAAUGUUCCAGGGUUUUGGCCUGACCCUGAAACUUUGAAUAAGAUUCCGAAGGAAAGGUAUGAAAUUCAAGCAGAAUUGGCUAGAAUGAAGAAAGAAAGACUUGAGAAACGAAUUAAACUAGAGAAAAAAUUACAAGAAGAAUUUGGUAUAAAUGUAGAGGCUGAAAAGGCCAAAAUUAGAGAAGAGUUGAAAUUGGGAAAACAUGAUGAUCAUAAUGAUAACUGA